GCCAAAAUGAGGCUGCUCGCGAUUUUGCUGUUAUCAGCCAUUUCAACUUUCUGCGAGGGAUCGUGGACGUUGAGCUCAGUUCAGCCGGUUAGAACAGAGUCUCGUCCAAAGCAGAAAAAGCCACACUAUAAAAACUAUGACCUGUACUAUUACAGUCCUGAAACGAUAGGCUCGUCCUUCUACUACGGAUCUCAGACGAAUUGUCAGUGCCGUCCAGGACCUCCGGGUCCACCUGGUCCACCGGGACCACCUGGCUUGGCAGGUGAGGAAGGAGCGCCCGGUGAAAGGGGAGAUCGAGGGGAUCCUGGAGAAAAGGGACAGCGAGGAAGAAGUGGUCGACCGGGUUAUAGUGGAUUUCCGGGACCCAUAGGUCCACCAGGUGCUCCCGGAAAAAAAGGUCCAACAAUCAUUUAUCUACCAGCAAAGGAGGACAAACCGCCCAAAAAAGAAACCCCAAAGGGCAGCAAUGAAAGUCCACCAUCAAAACCAGAUAACAGAAAGACUGCUAUAAAAACUAAUAAACUUCGGGGACCACAGCCCUUGCGGGGAAAUUCUAAUGGAAUGAAGCUAGUAAAAGUCAGCUCGCAACUGACCCAAAACCACAAAAACCUAAACCGAAAGAGACCAACUGCUUCCCCGCUUUCCAAUCGCAAAAGAAUCAAUCAGAGUAACAAGAUAAGCUCAUCAAAUAAAAACAGAAAAACACUGGUUAAUUCUCAAAAACACAAAACAAAUGCCUUAAUUCGCCAACAGACUGUUAAACGAAAGGUAAUUAAGAACACAACUACAGCAAAUAAAACUAAUUCGAGCACUCUAAAUAGCCGGCCAUCAGUUUCUAAAAAUAAGGGAACACAAUUUGUAGAGAAACCCAGUUUAUCAAAAUUAAAUGCCACCAUGAAUUUGAAUAUCACCGAAGUCGGUUCGCAUCCAAAGAAAAACGUGACCAUUAAUAAAGUUAAAAGUGAUCAAGUAAACUACUUGAUAAAUCCAACAAUUCAGUAUGAUGAUAGUUUAACAACAGAAAAAAUAUCUGUAUUAAAUUUAACAGAGAAAGAAUUAACUACCAAGGAACCAGAGGAGAUUCAAGGAAAUGCACAGAUACCUAAUAUUACCUUGAAAGAUUCCCAUAUGGAAAAUUCAACUCAGGCCAAUAAGAUAGUUGAGGAAAAACCAGAUCCUAACAAAUUAUCUACAAUUACUGAAGAGACGCCUGAAUCAAUUGAUACUACAACAAUUAAAAUUGAAACCUUAAUGAUUGAGCAAACGGAGAAUGUGCCAAUGACAGAAAAAGCUACAGAGGAAAACCAAUUCUCCACGGAAAUUCCCGAGGUAGUAACCUCAAAUGAUACAUCCACAGAUGAAAGGACUUUAAAUGAGUUUACUACAUUAGAACCUAUAUUAAGCACCGAUAACCCAGCGACGAUUGCAACUAAAUCAGCAGAAUACUCAACUCUUAUGCCAGAGGAAAUAUCAACAAUAGGAAAGGACGAGGAAGUAGGAUCGACCCAAUCAACCGAAGAACCAAUAACUAUCAUAGAAACGACAGAGGCAUCGACCACAGGGAAACCUCUUUCCGAUCAAGAAGAUCGGACGCUACCUUCCACUUCUAAAGAAUCCGAGUUUGGAAUCCCAGUAUCCAUAUUACUUGAUCCUGCGGCUGAGACGAUGGAAACUACACAAGCUAACAUAAAUGUGUUGUAA